UGUAACACUAUAGUGACGACUUCCUCCAGGGGGAAAAAAAAACAGUUGCGGAUGGUGAAAAUGAGUUUCUUUUUGCACAAAUUGAGCUGCAAAAAAGACAUCGAUGAUGUUGUGAAGACGGUAGCAGAAAAGGUGGUUGUUUUGAGGUUUGGGAGGGAUGAAGACUCCGUUUGUCUACAGCUUGAUGAAAUUCUGUCAAAAACAGCGCAUGACCUAAGUAACAUGGCGUCCAUCUACAUCGUCGAUGUGGAUAAAGCUCCUAUUUACACAAGAUACUUUGAUAUUAGUUACAUCCCAUCAACUGUGUUCUUUUUCAACGGCCAGCACAUGAAAGUGGACUAUGGCUCACCAGAUCACACCAAGUUUGUUGGCAGCUUCAAAACCAAACAGGAUUUCAUGGAUCUAAUUGAGGUCAUAUAUCGAGGAGCCAUGCGGGGGAAAAUGAUAGUCCAGAGUCCCAUUGAUCCCAAAAACAUCCCCAAAUAUGACCUCCUGUACCAUGGAAUUUAAGCUCAACACCUCCACUCUGUGAGAUGUGUCAACAACUAUGUUUCACUCUUUGCCUGUAGAUACUGUUUGUUCCAAGUCCGAGAAGACCAUGGAGUAAAUCUUGUCUAAAAGAGAAACUUCGAUUUCCUAAGUACAGUAUCUUCAAUCCGGAUGACGGGGAGCAAUGUUAGAGCUCUUAUUUUGCACUGUAUAUACAUUUUUUUUUUUUUAAUGAAGUUGAGUGUUGUGGUGUUUCCUUCCAGUUGGGUUUAAUGGUAAAUAUGCUACCAUGUAAUAAAAAGGUAAUUUUGCAAUAGAA